CCUCUCUGUAGCUCAAUCAACCCUGGGUGUUAGCCUAGGUUGGUCACAUGUACACUAGUAAAUGUGGACCUUUAUACAAAUUAAGUACAUGUUUAAUCAAAAGGGCACCUAAAGAGCUUUUUAUUUGGACCGGGUGUUUAAAGUGAAGUGAUUUAUUUGUCAUUGUGACACAGCACACCACUGCACACAGUGAAAUGUGACCUCUGCCUUUAACCCAUCAUCUUAGUGAACAGUGGGCAGCUUUAGAAGAGCGCCUUGGGAGCAGUGUGUGGGGACGGUGCCAUGACCAGAGCACCUCAGUGGUAACUUGCUGGUCAGUGAGAGCCUGCGACCUUUUUUUUUUUUUUGCUUGUACAUCUCAUAGAAUCUGUUAUGUGUUUCUACAUUCCAAGGUGUUUGGGUUCGUAGCUUCUUCUUCCCCUCAGUUUCUGUUGCCCAACAAUAUCUGGGUUUGAACCAAGUGGUCCGACCACGAGAUGGACCAAAACUCUAAACAUUUUUCCAAAUGUGUAGUCCUCCGGUCACUCAGAACAAUCCAUAUUUGGACUGGUAGUGCUAUUUUGUGGCCCACAUAUUUUACUAUUUGUGUUGUACUGUAAGGCUCUAUAUAUAGUUGUUUUUUUUUUCUACAGCCCACUUUGCACUCAGAAUUAUGUAAUAUUUUUGUACUUUCCUUGGUUCUGCUUUUUCUGUUUAUGCUCUUUUUUUUAAUCUAUAUUUUGGUGUGUGUUCAUACUUGUUGGACUUACCUGUCACUGUGAGGUCAUGUGUUCUAUGGGUUCCAGGUUCUCCCUCUGACCUGGUGCUGUCUCUACAUCAGAAGACAUGGUUUAUUUGCACAUGUAUUUACUCAUAUAAUUCUAGCAUUUCUGCACAAGUAUAGUAAGUAUUUGUACUCUCAAGAAUAGCUCAUAGUUUAAUCAGUGGUAUUGUACCUCAUAAAAAAGGCUAGCCUAGACUUUUAGCAGUAGUAUUACGCUUUAAAGGUAUUGUACUUCACAACAGUUUUAGCAGUGGUGCUACACUCGUGUAUAUUCAGCCCAUUGUACUCUCUGCACCUAAGCAUUUCCUCGGCGCAUGUUAGAGACCUGUGCGCACGAGUACGCGCACAAUCGCGCGCUUCUGCGCACGCACGGACACCCAGUUCCCACGGUGUCGGGGGCAGUGAGGAGGGGCAGCGGAGCCGAGUGUCAAUCUGCGCACAGCGUCACCUCUUUUCACUUGCAAAAAGGAAGUAGCGCCGGGCUUUUGUUAUUUGAAGUCCCACCGUCCAUUGAAAAACAACUGGAAUAUAUCCGCACUUUAUGAUUGAAGCAGCCGCCGCACAGGUGCUUUAUGUGGACCGAAAGAAAGAAGGAGACACUCAGAUCUCCGGUCCAUUUGGAGCGAGUGUUUUUUCUUUCUUUCUUUUCUUUUCUUUUUUCUUUUUAGGUCACUGACAUUCUGGUUCACUUCAGGCUGUUCCUGUCCUGACAAAAGGCUGAAAAAAAUGACGUUUAAUGUGCACUAACUAUCUUUUUCACGUCUUGUCUGCCUUCCACCUGUGAACAUUAGGAUUUAGGAAUACAUGCAGCCAUUUUAUAUAUUCAGAAUGGACACGGGGAUUUGACAGAAAUAUAGGAAAACUGCGUAAAUCGAGUUUGUCACAGGAGGCCAGAUUAGCUGGACUCCUGCUCUGAUUUCAGCUUAUUCAACUAUUUACUCACACGAAACUCACAUUAUAUAUUAAAAACCACAUAUAUUUUCACAUUUAACUCCGAUAUCCAACGUAAACACAAUACAAAAUAUGUGAAUGUCCAAUUUUUUGAGUGAGUCACAUAUUAAAUGAAAACCCAUAUUUGUCCAGUUUGAGUCCAAAAGUGACCUUGAACCCAGAGCAAAAUAUAAAAAGAAGUCCAAUUUAAUCAGAUUUAUGUCACUGAACUAAAGUUAUGCAUUAACCCCGCAAUAAUUGUCAUUUUGAAUCCAACCUGGAACCUACACACAAUGAGUAUAUAUGGCAGGUUUUCUUUACUGAUGUUUCACUGAAUGGAUUUUUUUUUUUUUUAGAUUAAAACUUUUUAGUCCAAAAAGUGAACCUGAGGACAACAGACGCAUAAUAAUGUCUGGAUUUUCUUUAUCUAAACCUGUGACUGAACGAGUUUUAUGCAUCUCUAGUCCAAAACUGACCCUAAACUCAAUGGUGCAAACGAGAAUGUUAUUCACUGCGUUAGUGUCAGGGUUAAAUCAAUUUACGUGUUUUAAUGUUUGAGUCAAAAAGUUGAACCGAUCAAAAAUCCUCUUCUUUACAGAGCCCAUGCGUAAAAAUCCUUCACACUUCCGCUGAGAUUGGUCAGUUUUAUGACGACCUCCUGGUGGAGGAUCUCCUGUGAUCGGCUCUAGAUCUCAGGAUCCAUUUGCUGCGGGCGUCCCCGUUGAAUAUUUCUGCAGCAACUUUAUGUGCGAGUGUGUGUUUUCUGGCUCCCCUCCCUCGCUCCCCCCGUCGCUAGACCGCACCUCCUCUUGCUCCAAAAUUCACAGGGUCCUUCUGGUCCCUCCCUCUAACCGAGCCGGCAGCCUAUAACCUCCCCGCGUUUCCGCCCAUUCCUCCACAGUUGAUUCUUUUGGGAAGGUAUUGUCAUGCAUAUAAAGGACGCGUAAAAUAUCCCCCCACAGCGCAGCGCAGGGCAGAGACUCGCAGACGGAGCGUGCACGCCGGAGGACGGAGCCAACGCGGUGGGAUUUUUCUACAGGUUUUGCGUAGCUUCUGGACCCGUCCAUCUGUCACAGAUAUCGUGGCCACAUGAGCUGCGGCGCCGAGCCGGGACGUGUUGCAAGGAAACAGGUGGGAGCGUUUAAGUUCCGAGGAGCCGGUCCUGUGGACUUAGUGGUCUAGUUCUUCCAAGCCGGAGGUGUCGCUCAUCUCCAUCCCCUGCCAUAGGCUACCUGCUGCUGCUACACAGGGGAAACUACAGCCCCGGGCUCCGGGACCGCUUGAGGACCUCUCAAAUAUUAACUUUCUUUUUGCACACCGAGUGUGUUGUUUCCGUUAUUGUCCUUUUUUUGGGAUAUACAUCCAGUGCGUCGUUCCCCGUCUGCUAGUCCUGAAGAGUGCCUUAAACUGUCCCAGUCCAGUGUGAGACUCUGAGUCGCUCACCAUCCACAGGGAGAACACUUCGACAUCAUCAUCAACAUCAACACUUUUUUCCUUCUUUUAUUAUUAUUAUUAUUAUUAUUAAAAUCAGCUUUAGAGUCCAGGCAGGAUUACUGGUUCCCCCCAGCAUCCAACCAUGAGCCAGGCGGAUGUGUCGACUUGCUCCGCGCCGCAGAGGGUUUUCCAGGAGGCGGUGAAGAAGGGCAACACCAAGGAGCUGCACUCCCUGCUGCAGAACAUGACAAACUGCGAGUUCAACGUCAACUCCUUCGGACCGGAGGGACAGACAGCGCUGCACCAGUCCGUCAUUGACGGUAACCUGGAGCUGGUGAAACUGCUGGUGAAGUUUGGCGCAGACAUCCGGCUGGCCAACAGGGAAGGGUGGAGCGCUUUACACAUCGCCGCCUUCGGGGGCCACCAGGACAUUGUGCUAUACCUCAUCACCAAGGCCAAGUACUCCUCUGGUGCCCGGUGAUCUUGUCUCUGCUGUCAGGUAAAAACAGAAAAAAAAAAGAAAAGAAAAAGCAUCAGCAACUAAAAGUGGAGAAAGAAACUUAACAACACAACCACAGAAAUGUUUAAAAAAAUCACCACCGGGGUUUUUGUUUUUUAAAAGAAGCAGCAAAAAAGAACCUGCCAUCAUCUUAGUUGUGCCAAAUGAGCCCCCCCACCCCAGCCCGCCCCCCCCCUUUAGUGGAAACCAGACUCUGCUCUCCUGAGUCCAUCCACCCGGGACCGCAGGGUCCGCACACGUUAGCGCAGCGAAACUGUCCCUAAAGAAACAGCAUCUGGGUGAAUUUGUUGGUACUAAAGCCUUUCUUCUUGAAUGUUAAGAUUCUCUCUUAGAAAAAACAUUAACAUCCCAGUGUCUGCUGCUCCGAUCACCGCGUGCGUCGGUUGGACUCAGGAGUGCAGCCGGCUCCACUUUUUCAACUUUAACUUUUUUUCAUUUUAUGAUUUUCGCCUCUGUCCUCGUUGUUCUCCUGUUAAAAUCCUUUCUAAGUUAUUUUAUAUUAAAAUACCGUAAAUUAAAAAAACCCACGGCACUUGAUGCUUCAUGGCUGCAUGCUGGAAUAUCAGAAAGGGAAGACACGGGAACAUGAGAAGAAGAAUUGUUGCCCCCUGUUGGCAACGAGAGGUUUUGAUUUGAGUUGCGGCAUUAUGUUUUAUCACAUCCCUCCCACACACACACGUCUGUUAUCAUCUGUAACAACAACUGACUUCAUCCACGUUGUGAAGUACUGUACACAAUAGCUUUACUAUUAUUUUUUUAAUAUAAAAUAAAAGAGAGAGAGAGAGAAGAGAGACCGUGGCAGAGUGAAUGGCCUGCUGCAGGUCUUUGUCCACAUCCUCUUCAGGCCAGUUCUGAUCAGUUCUGCCGACGGUCGUGUUUGUGUUACUUAUAUAUGAGAAAAGACAGAGAGAGCGAGAGAGAGAGAACCGCUGCUUACGCUUUGUAUCAGAUUUAAAGAAAGAAAAAAAAAAUCAUUUGGAAUUCACUUUAUAAUCUCCUUUCAGUAUUUUAUUAACAUCCUAGUCAUCACUGUGAAAGCAGGCUGGGUUUUUGUGUCUAUUUAUGAAGGUACCUUUAGAAGAUGCGUUGUUGAAUAUCUUGUGGUUCUUCCUUUUCUUCUUCUUCUGUUUUUCUUUUUUUUUUUAAAUAUAUCUUUAUAUGAUAUAUGAGUGUGAGAAUAUCUGGCGUGACUCAAAGCUGCUUCAGAUAAACUGUCCGCCCUCCUCGUCUCUCCUGAGCACCACCGCUGCAGACAUCCCAGAAUCCUCCUCUGUUACAGCCUGUUGACCCUCAAGAGGACUUUUCUCUCCCACUUUCUUUGAUAAAGGACUGUUGUUUGGUUGCCUUUUGCCAGCUACCUCGACUCUAAAGUAUUCUCAAGUUGUUCAGCUGUCUCACCACAUUUGCCACUUUUUUUUUUUGGCAGAUGGACUUGUCGUGAUGCGACUAUCUUUGCAUCCUCAGUAGGGACAGAUUCUUUUACACUACAACCAAACCACUUCCUGCUGUUCUUCCUGCUCUAGGCUUCUCUCUCUCUUUCUCUCUCUCUCUCUCUUUCUGCCUCUUGUUGCUGCCCCCUUCUGUCUUUGUCUUCAUCAACCUGUUUGAUCUUUUUUUAUUUGAAAAAGAAUCUUUUUUUUUUAAUCGCAUGACUUAUAAAUGCAGGGAGUUUUAUUGCACAAAAUGCGGAGCCUUGCGCGUCCCCACUCUGUACGGGGGUAAACUGCAGGAGCCAAGGCUUUGGAAUAGUUUCUACUACUGAGCAGGACUUAUACUGUUGGAUGAAGAAGACUUUAAGAAAUCACAUGACUGUUGCAGGAUGUCACAGUUCAAAAAAAGGAAAAAAAAAGUUUUAAAAAUUUGGUUCCGUAAACUUUGCCUGCUGCAUUUUGAAAGUCAUGGCGCCCUAACAUUUGUAUCAAUGCUGCUUGUUUGUGUUUUUAAUUUUUAUAAUUGUUGUUGUGAUUUUUUUUUUAUCAAGCCUACUGCUCAAAUGGCCAACAGUUGUACAGAAGCUUCACAGCAGCACUGGUCCAGCUCAGGAGAAGCUGCUGUGUGUGUGUGUGUGUGUGUGAACAUGUGUGUGAGAGAGUUUUAAUAUUGUAUAAGAAACAGAUUUGAAGACCAAAAGAAGUCUAAUGGUGCUUGUUGUCAGUGAGGGUCCAUGUAAAUUCAUAUUUUUAUGGGAAUAAUUAAAAAAGUAAUCAUCUUUGAAAUUAGAAGAUUCAACUAUUUUCUUAAAAAGUCAAAUUAAAUUAUUUUUUUUCCGCAGAGAACAGAAGUUGAUUUUCUAAAUUCCUGUUCUAAUAAUGGGGGAAUGAAGACAAAGCUCUGCAUUGAGGAAGUAAAAACAGGUGUUUUAUCAACUCUUUCUCUUUAGAAACAUAUAAAUGCCUCCUAUUACAGAUUCAAUAUCCUUUUUAAAAAUGAUCACUGCCAUAGUUAGUCCAGGUAAAAUCAAAUACACUGGAGAACUACAUUUGAUGAACACAUCACUAAUAAUAUUGACUAUAUACAUUUUCCAUCAAGUCAUAUUUAGAGGAAAACAGAGAUAAAGCACUACAGGAGAUUGCUUUGUUUCCUAUUUUCUACUAAAUGGGAUUAGGACAUACCAAAAGUGACACCGUAUAUAGAUUUCAUAUUGGGAAAAACAUUUAAGAAGAAGUAACCUUGUAAAAUAGAUGACUGCUGGUCUUCUGCUGAGUCCGUUUCUUAUACACAGUCUGUGGUUUGUGGUGUCAAAGUGGCAGCAGGUGCAUGUGCUUCUCCUGAGGCCUCGUGUUGCUGUGUUUUCACAGUCCUCCAGACUGAGAACUGCCUACGUUCAACAACCCUUGACCCUCAACACAUGCACACAUACACGCACACAUGCACACACUCAUACCCAUCAACCUGUAACUCAAGCGAUAGAUCCACCACAUCAAGGUAUACAUCUGGUAUCAAUAUGCAUUGCUUGUUCUUAAACUUGAUGGGUUUGUUUUUUGUUUUUUUAGUCUUUUUUCUUUUCUUUUUGUUUUGAAUAUUGCACUGAUGACUGUUGUUGAAAAAAGGUUGGCUUUUAUGCGUCAACGUUUGUUUAAAUUUUUUUUUUUCUGAAUAGAAAAAAAAGCAAACACAACAAAAUACUAUUGUAUAAUUAUAUGCUCCAGGUGAUGAUGUCCUAACAUGUGUCACUUUGUGGGAAAAAGAGAACGUGAUGUUCUUUUUAAAAAAAACAAAGAUCCUUGUAUCUCUGUGAUUGGGUGUAUGUAUAUAUACAUAUGGAUAUAUAUAUAUCAACACUGAUGAUGAUGAUGAUGAUGGUGGUGAUGAUGAUGGAAUGUCGGGGCACUUGUUCCCAAAGUGCCAUCUUCAUGUUUUUUUGAAAGGAGAAUAAUACAUUUGAUGGUAAAAUCAUUGUAACAUGAUUAAAAAAAUUGCACGGUUUUGUGGUCAUCUGGUCUCCAGGGUCAUAACAUUUAUGACGGAAGGAGCCGACGGCCGGAUUGGUGUACAUGAGUGAGAAGAGUUUUCUUUUCUUUUUUUUUUAAAGUAAAAUAGUGCAGAUGAUGAUGAUGAUGAUGUUGUUGUUGAUGAUGAUGGUAAUGUCUUUGGACAAAGUUGAGUUUCUGCUCUUGCUUCAUUUCAAGCAGGUGAGGAACCAGUCAGAGUGACGCAGAUGUUCCAUCGUGUUCGGCUCUGUAUGUUUGUUUGUUUGUUUGUAUUCUUUUUAUUUUUCCUUUUUUUUUUCUCUCCUGAACGUUUGUAACACUGUGAUGAUGACAUGACGUCAUGUGGAGAUGAGUGCUGUAUUAUUUUUGUACGUUUGUGUACAAGCCAGUAAAGAAAUCAUUAAACUCC